AUGAAGUGUAUUGGAUACCAAUUGGCACAGCUUGAGGAGCUCGGUGCUGCGCUACCUAAAAAGCAGUCGAAGGAAGAAGAAGAGUUAGAGAUAAAAUGGCCUUACUGGGACGAUCUUAAUUUUCUGCGAGCAUCGCUAGCUCAAAAUACGGACGAGGAUACUCUUGCUUGGACAGCGGGUGAUACAGAUACCUUUAUUUUAUUUUACCAGACAAACGAAAGCCUGUGGAACCACAAUAUCCCCGAGUAUCACACGAAUAGGAACAAAGAUCUACUCUUCAAUUGCCUCAUCAAAGAGCUAAAGUAUAGGUACACCAAGCAAGACGUUGAGAUAAAGUGGAAGAGCCUACUCAAAUUCUAUAGGCAAGAACACGAAAAAGCUCAACACAAACCAUCCGGCUGGGGUACCGAUGAGGUUUACCAGUCUUCGUGGGAGUUCUACACUCAACUUCAGUUCGCCAACAGCGUUUGCGACGACACAGACGACACUAUUGAUACGAUAACCGGUCCCUCGACAGCCAAAAAGAGAAAGAAAGAACGAGAUGACAUUGAAGUUAAUAAGCUAGAGCUGUUUAAGGAGGCAGUAGUGACGAUCCAAGCGCCCCUACCACCCACCAUUGGGAGAUACGUUGGGGUCACAUUGUCCAAACUGUCUCCAUCGAUAUUUCGCCGAGCCAAGAGGUGCAUUUCAGACAUGCUGUUUGAUUUCGAGGAAAAGGAUGAAAUGGAGAAGGCUAAUAACGCCAGUUUUGCUCGAAACUCAACUACGCGUGGCUUCAGUAGAGUCGACUAUUCUUCAAGCCUCGCUUCUGGCUUCAACUAUAGUGACACGAGCUGUGCUAGCGCUUCAAACAGCACCUCGUCUGGUUUCAACCUAUAUCACCUUGGACAUAUGCAGCCUGCAGAACAGACAAGACCAUCCUUUGGUGUUGAUAGCUCGCAUAGGAAUCAACCACCCUUGCAAGACUUAAUGACUUCUCCAUGAAUGUAGGAUAAACUGUUUGAAGGAUGUUCGAUUUCGAUUUUUUUUUUUAAUCUUUAGUUUUUUUUACUUGCAGACUCUUAUUGGUUCCAAACCGUUUAUUGUCAUUCCAAGGGACAUAGAUUUCUGAUUUGAGUGUAUAAUAAUAGAUACGAUUGGUGGUGGUGAUUGUGGUUCGAAAUCUAGAAAUUGUUACAGUGCUAAAAAUAAAUUGGAAAAACAGAAUAUAUUAAACUCGUCUACCCCAUUUAUUAAUCAUUCGAGGAGAUUUAGUUACUAUUUA